AUGAUUUUCUGUCUUCUCUCAAUCAUCACUGGAUUUGAUAUUCCUACAUUCUCAGGUCCUGGUGUUUUUCAUAUGAUUAGUUAUACGGAAAACGAUUUUAGAAGUAACGCAGCAAGAAAUUCGAUGAUCAAGGCGAAUGGUCUGUUACAAAAGCUUGAAGAAAUGACGUUACAAAAAUCUCCUCAGUCUUACAGGCUCCCAGCUUGUCAAAAGAAACCCAGUGUAACGCCCUAUUAUCGAAAGCCUAAGUUUGUUCGAGCUCGUACACCCGAGGAACCCAGGCGCCACAGGAGCCAAAACAAUUGCUCUACGACAGCAGAAAACAAGGAUCCUAAGAACGUAGGCAAAGUUAGCAAGUAA